AUGUCUGUUCUACUUGGCAAAUUAUUGCCACUGCUCAUUGUGGCCAUGGUCUGUGGAGCUGCAGUCAUUGAACAGGUGGACGACACCGAUUUAAUUCAUAUGCUUACCGGUGAAGAUAACGUCAUCGUUUUGUUUACAAAAAACAAUUGCCCCAAAUGCGAUGAGCUGGAACAAACCUUGGAAAAUGUUGAAAAAGAACUAAAGGAAAAUGUUGGAGCCAUAGUGGUGAAGGCUAUGAAUAGCCACAUGGUCAACUUGUAUGAUCCGACAAAGGAGCCAGCUUUGAUCUAUUUUAGACGUGGCGUACCUCUACUCUAUUACGGGGAAAAUAAUGCCGAAGAUAUUGUUCGAAUGUUCAGUGAAAAUCCUGAACCGGCCGUUAAAGAAUUGGCUGAUGAUAAUUUUGAACAUUUGACUCAGGCUUCGACGGGUGCCACCACCGGGGAUUGGCUUGUAUUUUUCUAUUCUGCCGAUUGUGUAUUUUGCUUACGUUUACAUGCUACAUGGGAAGCUGUGGGAGCCCACCUAAAACAUCGUCUUAAUGUGGCUCGUAUUAAUCGUUUGGAAGCUGGUAUUUCAACGGCAAAACGUUUUGGCAUUGUCGAAUCGCCAGAGUUUAUAUUACUACGCCAAGGCAAAGUAUAUCGUUAUAAAUCGAAACUGUAUACUGCUCAGCAAUUCAUUGAUUUCGCCACCAAGGACUUUGCCAAACAAACAAAUCCUGAAGCAGUGCCACCCGAAGUUAAUAACAUGAAUAAUUUCAUCACAGAACAAUUAAAAACUAUGGGUGACAAUCAACAGAUUGUAUUUAUUGUUGGCGGAGUUGUUGUGCUGGUUAUUUUGGCUGCAUUGCUCAUCAAAUGUAAGGCCUCAAAAAACCCAACACCAGCAACAGUUAAAAAGUCGAAUAAAGCUAAAAAGGCAAAAUAA